AUGUUCCGAAAGCGGAACAUAGGGCGGUUCAGAGCGUCGGAGCGCGGAGUGGUAACAGACUCGGCGAUUACUCGCGAAAUUCUGGCCGCUAUUGAAUCGCUGGAAAGGUUAGGAGGAGGGGGAAGCGCGGAUGGGGGGAAAGAAGCUCCUGUGACAACCUCUAACGAAUCAUUGAGCGCCACGUGGAAGCUUCUAUGGACGACAGAGAAAGAGACGCUGUUCAUUUUCAAGCAGGCUCCGUUUUUCGGCACCACCGCCGGAGACACGUUUCAAACCAUAGACGUGGGGAAGGGCACUCUGAGCAACACCAUCACCUUCCCCCCAUCGGGCAUGUUUGAUGUCUCUGCCUCCAUUCAAAUCGCCUCCGCCCAACAAGUCACCUUCCAGUUCACAGGUGCUCGGCUAGUCACUGCUUCCUGGACCCUACCUGUUCCACCGUUCGGCCAGGGAUGGUUUGACAACACCUACAUUGAUGAGGAAAUUCGUAUUUCACGAGACUCAAGGGGUGAUGUGCUUGUUACAGAGCGCUGUGUACAGGACUAG